AUGCGGGAAGUCGGACCGCUGUCUGCCGCUGGUGUUCCUUACGCAGUUCCCCGUCGCAAUACCACUCGGAGCGUACCUGACAAGGCUUUGGAAUUUCAAACCGCUGAAGCGGAGUCGAGCACUGUCCUGCCUAUUUGGACCGACAUGAGCUUGUCACCACUGGUUCCAUUCACCAAGUUUUAUGAAAGUAAACUUCCGUGGAAUCAAAUUGCACCGCCUAUGGCCUAG